AUGCCUGCAAACCGAGAGACCAUCAUCGAGCUCCUCGAGCGUCUCAAGCAGGAGAAUCACUCCGGCGCCCAAACCCUGAAGGAUUACCUCGCCGAAACCUCUUACCUCAAGGACGUCAUGAUGGCGGUUGUUAAGGACAUCGUCGAGGCGAAGAACGUUCUCGGUCUUACCGAUGGGCGUGCUGCCCGACUCAACUCUUGCCGCGAGGAGCUGUGCUACGCUUUCGAUAAGCACUGCCGCGUCACUGAGGAUGGCUACGACCGCCUCUACCACCCUCGAUUCACCUGCCGCAUCCAGACCUUCAAGGUUCUGGCCGCUGAGGAUCACGUCGAGGUCGUUCUUCGAAUCCCGGCCCGCGAGUACAACGACUCUCCCCACAUCCUUGAGCCUGGCAAGUGCGAGGUCGCCCUCAUAGUGAAGGAGAACUAG